ACCUACAGUUCAAAGGGACUGGUCAGCUGGUUUGAAUUCCCAGAAACUGGAAAAUUUCUUAAACAAAAAUUUCAAACUGGUAGCGCUUUAACCACCCUUUUGUGGUUGCAAGGUCCUUAGAGAUGCCUUCUUUUUGCUAGCUGUAUUCCCUGUUCCAGGAUAUACUUUUCUUUUUACACUUGUUCCAGGGGAAAAAGUAUAACUCCUUCUCUAGAAGGAAGCUGUUGGUUUGAUCUUAAGUGGUUAGAAGAAGGCGUUUUAAUGAAAUCCGGUGUCUGGGCUGGGUUAAAUUCCAGCCUGGAUCAAGUAAUUGCUCAUCACAUGCUUUGUUGGAUUUUGUGCUGUUUUAUGUGGCUAACUUCUGCCUCAGAUGAAAUUCUUGGAGAAGAGGGACAGGAAUACACAUACACAUGGAAGAUCACAAGGAAUCAGGAUCGAGAGCUGUCCAGAACCUCCUCCGGUUGACAAUAGUGUGUUUGUUGCAAAGGAAGUAGAAGGGCAGAUUCUGGGAACCUAUAUUUGUAUCAAAGGCUACCACUUGAUAGGACAGAAAGCUUUGGUUUGCAAUGCCUCUAAGGAGUGGGAUACCUCCUUUACUGAGUGCCGCUUGGGCCACUGUCCGGACCCUGUAUUGGCAAAUGGCAAGUUCAAUUCUUCAGGGCCUGUGAAUGUAAGCGAUAAAAUUAUGUUUAAGUGCAAUGACCAUUACAUCCUCAAGGGCAGUAAUUGGAGCCAGUGCCUGGAGGACCAUACCUGGGCACCUCCCUUUCCUGUCUGCCAAAGUAGAGACUGUGAACAUCCUGGGAUUCCAGUUCAUGGCUAUUUUGAAGGUGAAACUUUUACUUCAGGAUCCAUCAUUACCUAUUACUGUAGAGAGAGAUACCGCUUAGUGGGCACACAGGAGCUGCGGUGCAUUGAUGGGGAGUGGAGCAGUUCCCAUCCCAUCUGUGAGCUGAUCCAGGAAGCUCCCAAACCAGUUACACUGACUGAGUUUGAGAAAGCCUUUCUGGUCUUUCAGGAGAAUAAGGAUCUUUGUAGUGCCAUAGAGAGCUUCAUGAAAAGACUAGAGGAAAGUGGCCUAACCCUGGAAGAACUGAAAUAUUCCCUGGAGGUGAAGAAAGCUAAGUUGGAAGCAAGCGUUGUUGAAGGAUCAUAGCUGAGCAGGCCGGUAAUAGCAAUACAUCUAUGAAUAAAUUGUCCUCUUGUUU